GGGAUAUUCACCUGCACUAAUAGCUCGUGGGAUUACAUGUAUCUGUGAUAUUUCUCCUAAUAUUAUUAGAAUAAUCUGUCGUGCUGUCACUGAAGCAGUCAUUAGGAAUAUAUUCAAGAUUGUUUUGAGAAACAGUGAAAAGCCCAAUGUGCUCUUUCUACUGUCCUUUAAACACAGUCGGACUCAAAGAGCCACAAAGUAACAUUUCUCAUGACUUAUUUCCUGCAUUUUUAUCAGUCGUGAGCAUUAAUCAACAAGCCGCACUUCAGCUCCCUGAGAACCUGCGCUCACUCGUGUCAACAUUUAUUUGUUCGUUUGUGGGGGGCGUGGCCAUAACAACACAUAGAGAAAUAGUCGAUGUCAAUCAUCUUCUGACACCACCCACUUCCCCUCCUGCUGAGUACAUCCUGUUAGGUGUGUGAUGAGCGGCGUCGCGUGUGCCAAUGUGAUACAGGGCUUUGCAGAAGAGGACGGGACUAGUGUGUUAACAACAUCUCCUCCCUCAUUACCUGACCACGCCCCCAGAAAUGCUCCUCCUCCUGCUCCACCCUUGCCCGUUGCUGUGGACAACCUCACGCAGGGGAAGAGGAGGGUGCGAAGUUUCUACUGGAAGCCGAUUCCAGAGGAGCGUGUUAAACAACAUGACAGGCGAAACAUCUGGACGCUCGGACGCCACAGCAGAGAACCGUCAUUCCGCAUCGACGUCAGAGCCAUCGAGGAACUGUUUGGACAACAUGACGACAUGCUGUCGCCCACGGCAACCAGCAUCAAGAGACGCGUCUCUGUGAAAGAUGUCGGAGGGCAGAUGACCAUCCUGGACUCCAAGAGAAGCAUGAAUAUCUCCAUUUUCAUUAAACACUUCAAAAAGUCCAGUGAAUGUCUUGUGGAUGUUAUUCGUCAUGGUAACCGUGAUGUGUUCAGUGUGGAGACUUUGAGAGAGCUGCUGAGACUCCUGCCAGAUGAUGACGAGGUGAAGAAACUCAAGAUGUUCAAUGGAGAUCCUAAACACCUGACAGCAGCUGAUGCUUUCAUAUACCAGCUCAUCCAUGUGCCCAGGUAUGAAGUUCGUAUAGAAGCUCUGCUGUUAAAGGAAGAGUUUAACCCCUCAUUUACAUCUAUGAAACAUGAUAUCAGCGUCAUCCUGACUGCUAUUAAAGAGUUGUUGGACUGUGAGGAGCUUCACUGUGUGCUUCAUUUAGUGCUACAAGCAGGAAAUAUCAUGAAUGAUGGUGGAUAUGCUGGGAAUGCAGUGGGGUUCAAACUUUCUUCUCUACUCUCAUUGGCUGAUACUAAAGCAAACAAACCCGGAAUGAACCUGCUACACUUUGUCGCUUUGGAAUCUGAGAAGAAAGAUCUGUUGAUGUUUCCAGAGAAACUUCUUCAUGUUGAGAAUGCAGCGCGUGUGUGUGUUGACAGUAUUCAUGUCGAGUUGAGCACUCUGAGCAGCAGAAUUCAUCAGAUGGAGGAACACAUCCACACAGAUCGUGAGCUACUGACACAGAUGCAGGCAUUCCUACAGAGUGCUGGUGAAUCUCUGGUGGAUUUGAGGGUCAGUCUUGAUGAAAUGGUGAAUGAAGGAAACACAUUGAUCGAUUUCUUCUGUGAAGACAAAGAAACGUUCAAACUGGACGAGUGUUUCCAAAUCUUCCAGAAUUUCUGCUCCAAAUUCAGGAAAGCAGUUCAGGAGAAUGUGGAGCGAGGGAUGUGGGAGGAGUCUCGGCGCAAGCGUCUCCAGGAGUUGGAGGUCAAGCGUCACUCGUGGGCGGGGCAUGAGGGAAAAAGGAGAGUCUUCGGCCUGUGCUCCAGUAGUGAGGCAGAUGUGGAGGCGGCUUUAAAGAGGGAAGGGCUUCUGGAUCUACUCCAGAUGAACCCGCAAAGUCCACUGCGUCGCUUUGGGAGUGUCCGUCGGUCAUGGCAACACAAAGUCAAAACCGAAUCGGCAAACUGCCACAACAUGAACUUUACACUUAUACUUCCUUCGAUACACACUCUCUCCAUCACAAACUCUAGUAUAAACACAGCUUCAAACUCACUCUUUCUUAAUAACGCCAACACAAACACAGACUCAAACACCAGCACUCUUGGCCACAAUGGAAACCACACUCACAACAGUAUUCCCAAAUACAAAUCUGACCAGGACUACAACACAUCGAUGAACUUGGAGCCAGAGAACCAAAAGAAGAUAAAGGAAACACAAGAAGACAACCUUCAAACGCAAACAAAGCAUCAGGACACUCCAAACUUGACAUCUGACCCAUCACAAACUGGCCUAAACCAAUCAGAAAGACCACCUAGAGAUGAUGAAAGUGUCUACUUCAACUCUCAACAUACAAUAGACCUUCUAGAAUCCCUCAAAACCAGCAGUAGACCUUCUCAAUUCCAAACAAGCUCUAGUAGAUCUUCCACCAAAACCCUUGGAUCUAAACUCCAAUCAUCUGCUAACUCACCUUCUACGAAAACACCUUCAACGUCCGAACCUUCUUCUACGAAAUCACCUUCAAUGUCCGAACCUCCUUCUACGAAAUCACCUUCUACGUCCAAACCUUCUUCUACGAAAUCACCUUCUUCGUCCAAACCUUCUUCUACGAAAUCACCUUCUACGUCCAAACCUUCUUCUACGAAAUCACCUUCUACAUCCAAACCUUCUUCUACGAAAUCACCUUCUUCGUCCAAACCUCCUUCUACGAAAUCACAUUCUACGUCCAAACCUCCUCCUACGAAAUCACCUUCAACGUCCAAACCUCCUUCUACGAAAUCACCUUCAACGUCCAAACCUCCUCCUACGAAAUCACCUUCAACGUCCAAACCUCCUUCUACGAAAUCACCUUCAACGUCCAAACCUCCUCCUACGAAAUCACCUUCAACGUCCAAACCUCCUUCUACGAAAUCACCUUCAACGUCCAAACCUUCUUCUACGAAAUCACAUUCUACGUCCAAACCUUCUUCUACGAAAUCACCUUCAACGUCCAAACCUUCUUCUACGAAAUCACAUUCUACGUCCAAACCUCCUCCUACGAAAUCACCUUCAACGUCCAAACCUCCUUCUAUGAAAUCACCUUCUACGUCCAAACCUUCUUCUACGAAAUCACAUUCUACGUCCAAACCUCCUCCUACGAAAUCACCUUCUACGUCCAAACCUUCUACGAAAUCACCUCCUACGUCCAAACCUCCUUCUACAAAAUCACCUUCAAUGUCCAAACCUUCCUCAUCUUCUACUAAACCGAAGUCCUCUCCACAGGGCUCCAUUCGCACUCUGACCUCCUCUGAGACUCAAAGUUUGAGGAAGGUUGUUCCUAUCAGUUAUCUCAAUUCUUCUGGCCCACAAAUUCAAGAACGCAAAACCUCGAGUCGAAGUUCCCUCAAUAGUUCUGGUGCCAAAAAGCGACAAGCGAUUCGCCCGCCACCAGAGGAGAAGAUGUGUCGCUCUACGUUACGUGCCCUCGCCAUUUCUACCUCUCAAAACUCCUCCAACAACUCCGCAAACAAACCCGCCCCCAGCUUCACACGCAACACUGUGGCAUCCACCACACGUCAUGCAGUCAUUCCUGGAAACCCGUCGGCUGGAAGACCUGCACUGACACGGGCAGCAUCGCUCAGACUUUCUCAGGCUCUCGAGAAACAGCAAACUCCCGCGAGCACGCUCAGUAGAGCCGGAAGAAAACUUCCCAUCUCUGAAAACUCUGACUUUUCGCACGAAUUACAUUAAAAAAUCUGUUAAACAAGUCUGGAGAUAGAAAGAGCAACCUGGUCUCAUAGAAUCACAUUACUAUGAUUUUUACGUGUCUCGUUGUACGUAUCGUGGCAGUUUCCUAGUUGAAAUGAACACUAGAGGAGCUACAACAACUAUGACUUUUAUUCACUUCCACACAAAUCACAAGUAAAACAGCUUAUUAUUAGUCCAUAAACACUCACUUUUCACUCCGUUCCUCACACAAUGCUAUCUUAUGACAUCUAAACACCUUUACUAUAGUGCAUGACUUAUUUUAACAUUUGUAUUACAUAACCAAAUACAUUUACAAGUUCGAGAGUGAUCAAAUUGCCCGGUAGCUCAACUGAUAGAGCAUUGCACUUGUGAUGUAAAGGAGCGGGGUACGAGUCCUGAAGAGCAUGCGAGUUGACACGUGAGCCCAAAGUGUCAUAAAAGCACCAUGAAAUUAUGUGAAUUGUGUUUUUCAACAGGUUUAAGGUUGAUUUUGUUGAUUUAAAAAUGUCCCUUUAACUCGCUUUUAGCGCCACUCAGUUGACUUAUCACCUCUGAACUGACGUGAUGCACAUUAUGAACCACGUAAUGUCAUUUUGCAAAAACCCUUCUACGAAAUUGCCUUCUACACCCAAAUCUUCCUCAUCGCCUCCCAAACCGAAGUCCUCUCCACAGGGCUCCAUUCGCUCUCUGACGUCCUCUGAGACUCAAAGUUUGAGGAAGGUUGUUCCUAUCAGUCAUCUCAAUUCUUCAGUUACGCAAGCAAUCAAUAAUACUUAUCAGAGGUUUCUAUUUUUAAUUGAUUUACCAUGUAUUGUGACAUUAUUGUCAUAGGAAAAUAAAUA